GUGCCGUGCUCUCUCCUUCCUAUAUCUCUCUGUGAGUGUCUGGCUGGUGAGCCCUAGUGAUCACAUGAACUUCAGGCAGCAACCUCCCUCCCUUCAUUUCCAGUCCUCACUCCCACUUCGUCACUUGCAACUUUUGCAAACUCGUCCAGAGCAGAAGCACUGUGCUCUUGAUCUAGAGAUUCUUCAACAGCCAAUGUCUCUGUUUUCCUGCCUGCUGAAUAUAAAUUGGAUCUUCACAGAAGAGCUUUUUAUCCCCUGCAAUACAAGCAAAAUAAAAUGAACCAUCUCUUCAAGAAAGCCUCUUUUGCUCAGAUCUGUCUGGCACUCUAUGUUUUGGACCUGAGUCUGUUUGGGAAUACAAACUGGGCUCUCCCUUUGGAAGAUCAGGAUUAUUACCUUCAGGAAAUCAUCAACAGGGAACAUUAUUAUUCUUUUUCGGAUCCAGAUGAGGAAUUUUCACCCUUCACAGAGCAGCCCAGGGAGGAGGAUGUGGAGAUUCCCACAGAAACAGAAGAAUCCCCAAGAUUCAGGUCAGGCAAGAAGGACUUGAAAUCAAAGAAAGCCAACAAAAAAGAGAAAUCCACUUUGGAGACCCCACCAGCUAAAAAUGGCAACAAGAAAGGUGAGAAAAACAAGAAGAGCAAUGAAAGAACACCAGAUGGUGACCCUGAAAGACAAAGUGCUUAUGAAGACAGCAGAGAAAGUUGCCCUCCCCUGGGUCUUGAAACAUUAAAAAUUACUGACUUUCAGCUCCAUGCCUCUACAGUAAAGCGAUAUGGCCUUGGGGCCCACAGAGCACGGCUAAAUAUUCAAGCAGGUGUCAAUGAAAAUGACUUUUAUGAUGGUGCUUGGUGUGCAGGACGGAAUGACCCCUACCAAUGGAUUGAAGUAGAUGCCCGCCGGCUAACAAAGUUCACAGGCGUUAUCACGCAGGGAAGAAAUUCUCUUUGGCUGAGUGACUGGGUAACAUCUUACAAAGUUAUGGUGAGCAACGAUAGUCAUGCAUGGAUCACUGUCAAAAAUGGCUCGGGAGACAUGAUUUUUGAAGGCAACAGUGAAAAGGAGAUCCCAGUUCUCAAUGAGCUGCCAGUACCUCUAGUGGCACGAUACAUUCGGAUCAACCCUCGGACAUGGUAUGAAGAAGGAAGCAUAUGCUUGAGACUGGAAAUCCUUGGCUGUCCUCUCCCAGACCCAAAUAAUUAUUACCACAGAAGAAAUGAAAUGACCACAACAGACAACCUUGAUUUUAAGCACCACAACUACAAAGAAAUGAGGCAGCUGAUGAAAGUGGUGAAUGAAAUGUGUCCAAAUAUCACAAGGAUUUAUAAUAUCGGGAAAAGUUACCAAGGGCUAAAGCUCUAUGCUGUCGAAAUAUCGGACAACCCUGGAGAACACGAAGUUGGUGAGCCGGAAUUUCGGUACAUGGCAGGGGCUCAUGGGAAUGAAGUGCUUGGACGUGAGCUACUGCUUUUAUUGAUGCAGUUUAUGUGCCAGGAAUAUUUGGCUGGAAAUCCACGCAUUGUACGCCUUGUUGAAGAUACCCGAAUACAUCUGCUUCCUUCUGUCAACCCAGAUGGAUAUGAGAAGGCCUAUGAAGUGUAGUGGCUGCUCCAGUCCC